CCCUCCAAACCCCUCUCUCAUCCUUAGCUGUUUCUUUUUUCUUUUGUAUCCUUCGUCGUAUCUUCCCUCUUCCAACUGAACAAAACCUAACAACUCUCACCUUCUUCUUUGAAUUGAACCACUCUUUCUUUCUGCUUUGUCCAAUAACUCAGAACAUGCCCACUUGGUGGGGUAAAAAGUCCAGCAAGAGCAAGGACCAACAACCGCAAGAAGACCACCACCACCCCCCUCAUGGCGGAGGAGGAGGCGCCGCCACCAGUGUCCUUAACUUCAAUUUCAACAAGCUCAACAAGCCCAGGCCCGACAGGCCCUCCAAGAGCUUCGACGACGUCGUCAGAAACUCCCCUCGCUGCAGCCGCGAUUUCAGUUCCUCCGCCGCCGCCGCCGUCGACCAAGGCCUCCCCUUGCCUCGCCCCUCUGUCUCCUCCACGCAAAGCUUCGGCAUCGAGCAAGGCCUUGUUUUCGGAUCUGGCUCUGUUUCCGGCUCCAGCGUCAGCUCCAGCGGCUCCUACGAUGAUCACCCUACCUGUCACUCUCAGAUUAAUGCCUCCAGAGGGCAAGGUGACACGAAGUUCUAUGCGAGGUCUAAAAGCCCGGGUCCUGGGUCAAGAGGGCCCACCAGCCCAACAUCACCUCUUCAUCCGAAGUUGCAUGUUUUGAGUCUUGACUCCCCUACAGGCAGGCAAGAAGGUGAAUGUCAUCCAUUGCCUCUUCCGCCAGGUUCUCCUACCAGUCCUUCUUCUUCUCUUCCCAGCACAAGAGCAAAUGGAAUGACGGAACACACUACCGGUAACCUUUCGAAGUGGAAGAAAGGAAAGCUUCUUGGUCGGGGAACAUUUGGGCAUGUUUACCUGGGAUUCAAUAGUGAUAGUGGACAAUUGUGCGCAAUAAAAGAAGUCAGGGUUGUCUGUGAUGACCAAUCAUCAAAAGAGUGCCUCAAACAACUUAAUCAGGAGAUCCAUUUGCUCAGUCAGCUUUCACAUCCAAACAUUGUUCAAUACUAUGGGAGUGAUUUGGGAGAAGAAACACUUUCCGUUUAUUUGGAAUAUGUCUCUGGUGGUUCUAUUCAUAAAUUACUUCAGGAAUAUGGGGCCUUCAAGGAGCCUGUUAUUCAAAAUUAUACCAGGCAGAUUGUCUCUGGACUUUCCUAUCUUCAUGGGAGAAAUACAGUACAUAGGGAUAUCAAAGGGGCUAACAUACUAGUUGAUCCUAAUGGUGAAAUCAAGCUGGCAGACUUUGGAAUGGCUAAACAUAUAAAUUCUUCUUCCUCCAUGCUUUCUUUCAAAGGGAGUCCAUACUGGAUGGCACCCGAGGUUGUAAUGAAUACAAAUGGCUAUAGUCUUCCUGUUGAUAUAUGGAGUUUGGGAUGCACAAUUCUUGAAAUGGCAACAUCAAAGCCUCCUUGGAAUCAGUAUGAAGGGGUAGCUGCAAUAUUUAAAAUUGGUAACAGCAGAGAUAUGCCUGAAAUUCCGGAUCACCUCUCAAGUGAGGCAAAGAAUUUCAUUCAGCUAUGCUUACAAAGAGAUCCAUCAGCCCGCCCAACAGCCCAGAAGUUAAUAGAGCAUCCCUUUAUUCGAGAUCAGUCAGCAACAAAAGCUACAAAUGUCAGAAUAACCAGGGAUGCUUUCCCCUACAUGUUUGAUGGAAGUCGGACGCCUCCGCCAGUUUUAGAUCAUUCCAAUAGAACAAGUUUAACUUCAUUCGAUGGAGAUUAUGCAACAAAGCCAAUUCCCGUAACUUCACGUACAGUAAGGAGCCCAAGAGAUAACACAAGAAUGAUCACAUCUUUACCAGUAUCUCCCUGUUCAAGUCCUUUGCGACAGUAUGGGCCAGCACACAAGAGCUGUUUCCUUUCUCCUCCUCACCCAACUUACACUUUGAUGGGGCAAAAUACCCUCCCCUCAUAUCCAGUGAGAUCAAAUGCCACAUUCACUCUUGACCCUUUUCAUGAAACUGCUUUCUACAAAGCCCACACACCCGGUGGAUCCCCAAGAAGACUCAUUUGAGUUGCCGAUUGUAUAUACCUCAAAAACCUUUUGGUUUCCCUGGCAUGCCUUGUGGUCUGUGGUUGAACUUCAAUCUGCACUCUUACGAGUACAAACUCUAUCUAAAGGAUUCUGGUCGAUUCUUUAUGCAUGAGAAACUAGACCACGUGAGGUACAAGUGAGGUGUAGGAGCUCUCGAUGCAGGCAUUGGACUGGGGACACCGUGCUGUUUGUAACAACAAUUUAUUGAUUACUGUAAAUCCAUGGUGUUUACUGUCUGUAGUAACGUUUAUGUUGUAUAUUGUUAGUUCAUGGCAGGAGAAAAAAAGAGAGUAAUUUUUCAUAUAUACUCUUUCUCUUUUUUUAAAUUAUGUAUCCUUACUUGAGAAAUGAUACGUCAUACGUGUAUGGUGUGGAACUUGGUUCCAAACCAUAUCCAGAAUGAUGGGCUUCAAAGUUUAAAGAGCCAGAGUCUUGAAUGUCCAAAAUAUUAGUUGGAAGCAAUUUUAUUAUUACGCAUUAUGCUCGGAUUA